GAAAAAGUGAAUGUUAGGCAACCUAAAACAACAAGGGAGGAAGUAUUUUUUUAGCAAUAAAAUACAGAAAGGGUGGGGGAGAGAGCGAGUAGGAAACGGAAAGCCUGAAAUGAAUGAGAACCCCGCCAUCGCUUCUUUCGCUCGCGGUUGACUCUGCCCUUAUUAACCUCCCUUACUUCUCUGAUCUAUCCUGCUUGCCCGAUCACAUCCUCGUUGAACUCUUCCUGAAAACAUUAAGAGCCGGAAAACUCAAUGAGAAGAUUUUGAAGCUGUUUGUGGGUACUGGUAAAGAAGAAGUCAUUUCACUUGUUGAGUCUUUUAACAUCCAAGCUGUUCUUACUCCUGUUCUUCCCACUAGAUGCUGUGAGAAGAAAGUCUGAUUCUGUUCAAAAUCAACUGUAUUUAGCUAUUUUCUUGUUUGUGGUCGAAACCUGAGAAAAAUGUCACAAGUCAACAUCAGAGAUGAUGAGAUUGACAUUGUUAUAGGUGCACUUCAAUCUGACCUCACAUCAUUCAUGGAAGAAUGGAGAUUGAUCUUCUCCCGUUUCCACCUCAUAAUCGUCAAAGACCCUAACCUUCAAGAAGAACUCACCAUCCCUUCUGGAUUUAACCAUCAUGUCUAUACAAAACCCGAUAUCCAACGGAUUCUUGGCGCAUCAUCAAACCCUGAUCUCUUUUCCGGCUACUCAUGCCGAUAUUUUGGCUAUCUUAUCUCAAAGAAAAAAUAUAUUGUCUCAAUUGACGAUGAUUGUUUCCCGGUAAAGGGAAACACAAACACCACUGAUCCUAUAACUGAACACAUCAACAACCUCACAACACCUGCCACACCCUUUUUCUUCAACACUCUAUAUGACCCUUUCCGGAAAGGAACUGACUUUGUCCGUGGGUACCCAUUCAGCAUGAGGAGUGGUGUACCUUGUGCAUUGUCGUGUGGACUCUGGCUUAACUUGGCAGACUACGAUGCUCCCACGCAGGCACUCAAGCCGGGCCAGAGGAACUCGCGGUACGUGGAUGCUGUUCUCACCGUCCCGGCGAAGGCGAUGAUGCCUAUAAGCGGGAUUAACAUCGCCUUCGACCGAGAGUUGGUGGGGCCUGCCCUGUUGCCAGCUUUCAGGUUAGCAAAGGAAGGGAACCUGAGGUGGGAGACAAUGGAGGAUAUAUGGAGUGGGAUGUGUGUGAAGGCGGUGUGUGAUCAUUUGGGACUGGGGGUGAAGAGUGGGCUCCCGUACGUCUGGAGGAAAGAAAGAGGGGACGCGAUACAGAGUUUGAAGAAAGAGUGGGAAGGGGUGAAGGUGAUGGAGGAAGUAGUCCCUUUCUUCCAAUCGUUGAAGUUGUCACCACAGGCAACUACUGCGGAAGCUUGUGUUAUUGAGAUUGCUGCGGCUGUGAAGGGGCAAUUGGGGAAUUCAGAAUCUGUGUUUUCUCGGGCUGCUGAGACUAUGGUGGAGUGGGUGAAGCUCUGGAAGACUGUGAAAGCUCAGUGAACACCAUAGUGAUGUUUGGUCCAGGUGUUCAAGUUAUCUUCUGCAGUUUCGGUUGUUUUGCCUGUUAAUUAGUGCUGAUAAGCCUGCUUGAAGUUGAUGUUUAUGGUUUACUAUCUCUGUUCCGAUUAGAAUUGAUGUCUUCCCCUGCAUGGCAUUGAGCUCCUAGUAACACUAUAUUACACUUGCUAUAAUAAGAGAAUAUGUUGAUACACGUCAAAGUUUUGAUAAAAGGGAGGUUCAUUUGUACUUGUCUUGAACGACAUUUCUAAUUUAAACUUUUGAAGUACUUGGUGAAAGUAUGUUAACCCACUGUUUGCCC